CGUUAAAACGUUGUGCUAUUAUUAUUGUUGUUAAUACAAGUUGAAAUGAGUGUUUGACUAUCCGUGUUUCUAACAUCAGAAGCGGGAUUGUGCCCAGACGACCACAGUGGAUUGUGAUUUCUUUUGAAAACAUUGACGUUUUCUUUGUCUUGUGAGAACAGAGGAUAACGGUACAUCGUUGUGAUUGCUGCGUCAUAGUUUAAAAAAAAGGCUGUGUUGCGUUGUGCGUUUGGAUCAAGUCUUGGUGUUCCUGAUAAGGAAACUCAAUUUAACGAUGGUCUCAGCAGACGAAGACCCCACCCAGUCACUGGUAGCAGAAUUGUUAAAGGCUUUGCAGUCCCAAAGGUUGGCAGAACAGAUUCGGCCUGUAGUGCAGACGGCGUCGAGAACGUCGCAGCCGUCAGAAAGGCCGUGUAAGAGACGAAAAAUUUUGGCGAGCCGCUGCCGGUCACGAAGGGGUACUGCUGUGUCGUUGCUGCUCUGUGGUAGCUGUGGGAAUGACGAUCGGCCGCCGACUCUGGCAGAGCGAGCUGUAACGUCGAGCAGUGCACAUCAUGCUCGGAUAAUCUGCCGCUCCGAAAUUACGUUAAAUCGUUGUGCUAUUAUUAUUGUUGUUAAUACAAGUUGAAAUUAGUG